AUGUCUGUCACCGAAAUACGCUACAUCGAGCCGUCUUCCUGGCCGCCAGGCGCGUCCGAGCCGUCGGCCGAGUCGAGUGAGCCGUCGGGCAAGUCCGAGCCGGCGCCAUCGCCGGACGCUGCGAUGAGGACAACGACCUCGAUUAUCCUCGGCUGCUUCAACACGCUCCGUCGGCAUUACCGCUUCUGCAACAAUCCGUGGGUCCUCCCUGAGCACCGUGAUUGGGAGCAUCGCUUCCCGCUCGUCGCCGACAUUGUCCGCACCUCGGCCGCCGAUGUGCUUGCUCUCGAAGAGGCCGAGCUCCCUACCUUUGACGCCGACUAUGCUCCAUUGCUCGAGGAGUGCGGCUACGCAUGGGUGUGUGCCAAGGCCAAGACCAAGUCGGACCGCGAGGCUCAUGGUCAUACCAAGCCGUGCCUCGCCUGGAACGUCGACCGCUUUGCUCUCCUCUGGUCCAUCCGCCGGACACGGACUGUCGCCGUCGCGCUCCGCGAGCUGGUCCCCAGCGACUCGCCCGCCGAGCCGCGACUGCUUGUCGCCGUUGCCGUUCAUCUGCAGGGCGGCUCCGGUGAGGACGCGCAGCGUACGUUCCAGAUGCGAUCGGUGCUGACCAAGGUCCGGACUCGGCUAGAGAGCGACGGCCUGGCCGAUCGCGCGUCGGUGGCUGUCAUGGGCGACUUCAAUGCUUCUGCAGACGAACAAGUCUACGAGUACAUGCUGGGCGACAGCCAUGGCCUUUCCAUCGCCUGCGAUCUUACUGCUGCUGCCGCAGCCAGCAUCCCUGCACUGGGCGGGGAGCGGCCGGCGACCUUCAAGUGGGGCACCCACAUUGGUACUGGCAACACGCCCGGAGACCUUCAGAGCAUCGACAACCGAAGGGCGGCAAAGCAGGAUCUGCGAAAACGAGUCGAGGAGAAGCAUCGCGAGCGCAAGGACCGCUUGGCGGAGCUGUCAUCGCUGGGCAAGUUCUACUACAAGUCUUUGCAUGCAUCGUCGCUGGAGAUCCGAGCUGACGCCAUCUCCAAAGCCUUUCGCACCACAGAGCUCUCAUCGGUGGAUGAUGCCGAGUAUGAGCUGGCUGCCAAGCGUCUCGGCUUGAAGCACAUCCUAGUCUUUGUCGUUUUUGUCGGAAGACUUGUCCUCAACCCUGGUGUUGCUCUCCUCAACUUUGUCCGCAGGCCCGAGCGCGAUCCGGACGUCCAGUACAACUUCUCCCAGAUUGUCCUCAUCUACCUCGAAUUUGGCCUCCUCUCGCUCAUUGUCAUCUUCACGUUCUGCCACUCGAUCGCGGCUGUCAUCCGGCGACGGCGCGCGCGUCGCCGCGGUGAACCUGCCAUCCGCCUGCUGGCAUCCAACUCGCUGCUGACGGCGUACAACUGGCUGCAGCGCGCGGCAUCGUUCUCGCUCCUCAAGUUCAUUCCCUCGGUGACCAAGGUCAUGAUGUGGAUCCAGACGCUGUCGCAGUUUAUGCGUCUCGCUCGGCUCAAGCGCAAAGUCAUGAUCAGCUCAAGCGGGCCGUCGACUCGUGCCAGGGCGCGCGCGCGGAACAGGACCCGCCGCAAUCGGGAUGCCGGUGGCGAGAGCUCCGACUGCUGCACAUCGUGCAUGGGCAACUUGUACUUUGUUGGCAUGAUUCUCGGCUACCUGCUUCUAGGCACAUUGCUUGUUGUGCUCGGCGUCUUUGCCGUCUUUAUCAAGAUCUCGAUGCUCUCGCACAUCAUGGAGCGGUAUGUGUGGGAGUGGACCUGGCAGAACUGGGUCCUCUUCGCCGGCUUUACAAACAACGUGGCGUCGAUUGUGGACGUUGCCACCGUCGAACGCGAGGCCGCCUUUCGCAUCAUUUGCUCCUCGGCCUUUGCUGGCAUGCCCAAGGCUGCCUACCUCGCCGAGUGGUCGCUGCACUCGCUCCAUCUCCGCCUUCUCGACUCGCUCAUCACCCACCGCGGCUACAUUGCAGGCUUCAUCAUCUUCUCCCAGCUUCAUCUCUCACGCAUUGCCCGAGCUCUCUUCCAGCCCAAGGACGCCGCAUAUCUCGCGCAGCUCAAUGACGACGUUGUGAUCUCGUCCACUGAUGACGACUCAGAGUACGGCUACGGCUAUGCCGACGUGUCCGACUCGGGUGAGUACGAGUACGCAUACGAGUCUUCGGUCUUGCUCGCCCUCUCGUCAUAG